GUGACAAUUUCAGGCAGAUCAACUCCACAACUGACUGACUCACACGGCCAGCAACACCCGGAUAUAUGAAGAUGCUAGCUGGCUCGUCGUGAAAAGGUCAUGAGACUACUUUCAAUCAAAUUGAGAUGUAAAUGUGAUAUCAAUACCUUUCAUUUCUAGUUCACUCUUUUGCGAUGUCUACCCCACAGUCCACCGGCACCUCGUACACCCACGAGCCAGCAUGGGAUUCCGGCCAUCUCAAAGUCGGAUCCAUUCACGAGAUCUACUAUGAACAGUACGGCAAGAAAGACGGGCUUCCUGUGAUCUUUCUUCACGGAGGGCCCGGUGCCAACACAUCGCCGCAGAACGCCAACUAUUUUAACCCUGCAGUCUACAGAGUGGUUCUGCUGGACCAGCGCGGCGUAGGUAAAUCACGUCCGAAAAACGAGCUGAAGGAGAACACGACGCAGCACCUCUCCGACGACAUCGAGCGACUGCGCGAGCACCUCGGCAUCGCGAAAUGGCACAUGGUGUUCGGCGGGUCGUGGGGCAGCACGCUAGGCCUGUUCUAUGCGCAAGCACACCCGGACAAGGUCGGAUCCCUCGUGAUCCGCGGCGUUUUCUUAGCGACUAGGGCCGAACUCUACGGGCCCGGAGCAGGCGACGCCGCAGCCAUGUUCUUCCCGCAAGAGCGCGAGGCCUUCCUCUCCUUCCUCCCCGAGAACGAACGAGCAGACCCUGCUAAGGCGUACUACGAUCGGAUUAUCUCGCCCGAUCCUGCAAUCUCUCGCCCGGCGGCGGUCGCGUGGAGUCGUUGGGAUAUGACGACGGGGACAUUGAAGCCUAAUACAGAGUCUAUAGGGAUGCUGGAUGAUCCUGAGUGGUGCUAUACGCACUCGCUUUUCGAGAAUCAUUACCUCUUUCAAAAUGGGGCUUUCAUAGAGGACGGGCAGCUCUUGUUCCCUGAGAAUAUGGCGAAGAUCAAGGAUAUCCCAGGGGCUAUUGUCCAGGGGCGCUAUGAUGUGCUCUGCCCGCCAGUGACUGCUUGGAAAGUGCACAAGGCGUGGCCUAGGUCUUCAAUACACUUUGUUUCUGAUGCCGGGCAUGCUGCUUCUGAACCUGGGACGGCCGCAAAACUCACGCAAGUGUGUGACGAAUUGGCGAACCUAUGAAGUAUGAAUCACUUGUAUUCAAGGCUGGAAUCUUAGCAAAAGAAACUAUGUCGGUUGUCGAUUUAGGAAUUUAUUUAAGGGUGAUAGGAAAUGGGUCAGACUGAAACUCUUGCAGUAAUUACACCAGGACUACAUUCACUACAUAUAAGGCAAGAUGUUUGCAUUUUAAUCUUUGUCACGAUAUCCUCGGUCAGGAAGUCGGUAGAUAGCCACAUCCGUUAGGAUCAGACGGAAUUCUAUUCA